UCACCUCUUAAAUGUUCUUGCACCAGAGCACAGUAAUCCAUCUACAUUGGCUGUAAAAGAUCCUUUAGAAAGAGUGAGGUUAAUUCUUGAACAUGCAGAUAGGAUGGGUUGCAAGAGAUACCUAACUGCAAAAGAUAUUGUUGAAGGUUCUCCAAAUCUUAACCUUGCUUUUGUGGCACAUAUCUUCCAGCAUAGGAAUGGCCUCUCAACCCAGACGAAACAAAUAUCUUUUCUAGAAACUUUACCAGAUGACACCCAAAUUUCUAGAGAAGAGAUGUCAUUUCGCUUUUGGAUAAAUAGUCUUGGAAAUUCAACAUACAUCAACAAUGUCUUUGAAGACCUUAGAAAUGGGUGGAUACUUUUACAGACCCUUGAUAAGUUGUCUCCAGGAAUAGAUUGCAAGUAAGCCUCCAAUUAAAAUGCCAUUCAGAGAAGUAGAAAACUGCAACCAAGUUGUCAAGAUUGAGAAACAAUUGAAGUUUUCCCUGGUUAACAUUGCUGGGAAUGACAUUGUUCAGGGAAAUAAGAAACUAAUAUUGGCUUACUUGUGGCAAUUGAUGCGAUACAACGUUCUGCAGCUUCUAAAGAACUUGAGAUUUCAUUCUCAUGGGAAGGAAAUCACUGAUGCCAACAUUUUACUAGUGUUGUAGUGGCCUUGCACACUCACA